UAUCCUUAGAUAGUCUAAUAGAACAGGGGAGGAAUGAUACUAGAGGAGAGGACAAUGACACUGUUAGGUAGUCUAAUUGCCACCGGUUAUCAUUAAGAGUUUAAUGAUGAGAGUGCAGGGGAGGAAUGAUAAGAGCGGAGGAGAGGACAAUGACAUUGAAAGCCAAGCCGAGAUAUCCAUGAAAACAUUAAUUAGCCUCCCAAGUCAGACUAUCAUCUCCUCCACAGUUCAAGGACAAUCAUGAAUGGGCUUCAAAGUACAUGUGAUUCCUAAAGGUAGAAAUAUGGAAUAGUCGUACAUGGGAGGUGGGAUUCCAGGAGAAGUUAAGUAGUCACGAGCCUGGUGUCAGACACGGGCUUUGGGAGGGAAAGCCAGGCUAAGUUUAACCAUUGUUUUAUCAAUUGGACACACUGAUCAAUGUAUUGAAACAGAUUAUAAUUAUAUACACAAAAAUAAAUAUUCUUCACCAUAAUCAAUAAGUCCGACAGGCUACUGUCUAGGCUAGCAAGCAUCCCGGAAGCCAUUGGUUGUGCAUUGAAAGUGAUGAAAACUAUAUAGUUUAAGGAACUUUUGGGCUUUUGAGCCAUUAGGAAAUUGACUCUCUAGCUCAAUUCCCAUAGCCCUGUUCGGCCUUUUUAAGGCCUUCAAGUACCAUUUUCAUAAAUGUUUCUUUAUUUGUUUUUGUUAUUGGUAUUUUCCUUCUGCUUCCGUAUGCAUUAGGCAUCUGCAGCAGAGAAGCUCCGGGAUGUCCCCUUGUCCUCAUUUCAGUUUUUUCACGGACCAUUUACUUAAAGAGUCCUUGGACUUCGGAAACUUUGGGUUCUCUGGGCCUCAUUUGUACGUAAUACUGAUGAGCGAGGCCUUUUGGAGACAACUGAGAUAGGUUUGUUUUGGUUUAUUCUUGUGGGCAUCUAUAAGGGAAUUUUGGGGGCUUACGGAGCUUUUAUCCUGUUUGGAGACCAAAUUUUUUCUCUGUUGGGGAAGUUUAGAUGCAUGAAGUGAACUAGGCCCUGUCUAGUGCCUACGAGAGAGAUUAGGAUGUGAAAGAAUCCUCUUUGGUUAAUACGAGAUACGGCCAAGUCUAGCUCAAUUUCUCACGGUGUUUUGUUCCAUCUAUGCAGUUGGGCACAUCUUACAUUGCUCCCGGUUUUGGAAUUUUGCUGUUGGAUUAUUCUCUUCAACUGGUAUUCUCAUUUCCCAGCUGCGUGAAAUUCAAAAUAAGCUCUUACCUGCUCCGCAAGCCAAAAUUGUAUAUGCAGAAUAUAUGCUGCUAUAGCUUCUUUUCUAGGUUCGCCAGUACAAGAAGAUUUAACAAUGUUCAUGUCUGCUCACAAGCCAAUUCUGUGCUGUUAUGAGUAGAAACUGUGGCAUUCCUUUGUUCUUCUAGUAGUUUAGAGAUUUAAGGCUUUACUUGAUUAAAAAAGGUCACAAUGGGAAGAACUAGUAAAUGGUUUAGGAAUUUGUUGGGUGGAAAGAAAGAUCCCAAACAGGCCUCUCCUGAUCCUCUUUCCAAUACAAAGGAGAAGAGAAGAUGGAGCUUUGGAAAGUCCUCGAAGGAUAGAGAGAACAAGGCAACAUACAGAGAGAACAACUAUAUGUGUGACUCGGAUAACGAGCAGAACAUGCAUGCAGUAGCUGUAGCUGCUGCUACGGCAGCUGCAGCUGAUGCAGCUGUGGCAGCCGCAGAGGCAGCAGUUGCUGUGGUCCGCUUGACAAGCAAUGGACGUUUAUCUAACUACUUAAGCAGAGAACGAAAGGCAGCAGUAAAGAUUCAGACUGCUUUCCGAGGAUAUCUGGCUAGGAGAGCCUUGAGAGCCCUAAAGGGUUUGGUGAAGCUACAAGCAUUGGUUCGUGGGUAUUUGGUGAGAAAGCAGGCAGAUGCUACUCUUUAUCGCAUGCAUUCCCUACUUCAAAUCCAGGCCCGAGUUCGUGCCAGGCGUAUUUGGAUGUCUGAAGAAGCGAAACUGAUUCAGUGGCAACAGAAGCAUAGACGCAAACAAGAACUUUGUCCUCGGAAAUCCACUGAGGGAUGGAAUGCUGCCAUUGACCAUGGGAGCUAUACACAAAGCAGGAGAGGUUUUGGUUAUGCAUUCCCCCAGCAAGAAAUGGAAAUAAAUUUGGAUGAAAGUGCAAAGAUUGUUGAGAUUGAUACUUUCAAACCUAAGGUGAACUCGAGGAGGAGGUAUUCUUCAAAUACAGACUCUGUUUCUGCAGACCCCAGUAUUUCUUCAACAGUUGGUCGCUAUUCAAUGCCAAAUUAUCCUUUUCAAUCAAGCUCUUCACAUAUUGAAGGCUCUUUUGCUACACAAAAUGUUUUCCCUGUUCCAGGCUGUUUCUCAACUAGAUUGUCUAUUCCUAGCACGAUCUCAGAUGAGCUAAGUGCAUCUGCUUUACAGGAGUUAGGCCCCAUAGAUUUGAAUGGAGAUUGGACAUACAGUGGAGAAGAUUACAAGUUCUCAACAGCAAAAAGUAGUCCUCAGUUCUGUUAUUCUUCAGCAAAGUAUGGAAUGACAAGUACAGGUCUAUCGACACCAUCUAAAACUGAAUAUUCAAAUAGUUACUCUCAAGGAUAUUCUGCCUUUCCCAGCUAUAUGGGUAACACAGAAUCCUCGAGGGCUAAAGUACGUUCACAUAGUGUUCCUAAACAAAGACUAGAUUCAUCAGAGAAAACUCCAUCUUCAAUUAAGAAGAGAAUGUCAUUACAGGAAGCAGUAGAAAACAGGUUAAGCUUUAGUAGUGUGCGAACCCAAAGAUCAUGUUCUUAUGCCCAGGAAGCUUGCAAGGAAAAUCAAAAUGCAGGCCCUGGUAGACUAGAUAGAUCCACAAUGUCUUUCAGAGAUACUGAAAGUAAUAGAUUUCAUAGCAAGUGGUGAUCAACAGUCUGACAGAACUUGUGAAAAUCUUCUCAAGCAAAUUUGUAAAUUAACCCAGGAGCAUAAUUUGUAUUCACAUUCCAACUGCGAAGAGGCUUUGAACCUAUGUAAAGAAGCUUAUAAUUCUUGAGUUCGCUCUUAGGAAGCACCAUCUUUAUUGUUCAUUUGAAUUUGAGCAAGCAUAGAGUAGCAAAUUUGUGAAUUUUCUUCCUUACAAGUUAAAGGAACUAGAAGAGGAAGAAAAUUCUCCAUCAGAGGUUAGUGUUGUUAGUCUCAUGUAUUUCUGCUACAGUUUGCAGCUCUGCAAAAUUGACUGACACUUAGAAAUCUUGUGCUCCAUUGAUAAUGUAUGCUCUUGAAUUAUGGUAUAAGAGUAUUGUCAUUUAUGGGGCAACUCCAUGUUUAAGAGCAAUACUGUUGUGGGAGAUUAUGUAGGUAGAGAGAUGUAAAUCGAGAUUCAGAGAUUUGCUUGAAAUGUUAUCAUACCUGAAGAAGAACUUGAAAGUUAUAAUUAUUGUAUGAAAUACUUUUCUUUCCUAGGAUAUGAGCCAUGAUCAUUUGCACCGAGAUGAGAACAACCUAAGAUUCGGUUUAAACAGAAAUUCAAGAUUUUUUCAGAAAACCACAACUUUUGGAAAUUAUUGUAAUGAUACACCAUUACAGUUACAGAAACAAAUUGAAAUGAGCUGGCUGUUUGGGCCA